AUGGAAGAACUCGCAGUCACUUCCCUCUCAGACCUAGACAAGCUGUCGAAAGCCUACUUCGACCUCGAAACGAAGCCCCAAACGUAUAUGAUCAGACUGGCUAGUAACUUCAGAAGUGCCGGCCUAGCCAUGCCACAGGGUACCGACGGAGAACUCAGCAGCUGGGCCUUGAUCAAAUGUCAUACUGCUUGGCUAUGGCAUUCGAGCCAGACAGACGCAGCCAGCGCGAUUCGCUACUACAAUAACCUGAUCGGCUAUUUUUAUAACCGAGCAAUGUACCACAACACCGCACUGAAGGAGCGCGCAAUGGAUGCUACGAAUAACAAUGAAUACUGGACAAGCAUUGGAGGCACCAAUGCCAAUAAGCAGGAUAUGGUGCAGAAAGCACUCACUGUCACGACGAUGUUCAAAGGAUCAGGAAACGAUCACGCUGAAGAGGCGUUGUGGAACGAACGCCUGGCUCACCUCCUUAGUCACUGA